CCAGCUGUCAUCAGCCACCUCGCCCCUUCCCCGCCAAAUUUGGGCUCCGCACCCCCGCGAACCCCUCGCCGCCGCUCGCGCGCCUCCGGUACUAAGGGCACGCGCGCAAUGGCGCGUCCGCCCGUGCUGCAGCUCCCCGUCGCCCCCCUCUCGCCCACCCUCCCCUUCGCUCGCGAUGGGGUCCGCGGCGUCGACCGACAGGGCCGAGCGGCGGAGGCGGGACCGGGCGCCGGGGCACAGCGGGGCCCCCGAUCCCCCGGCGGCGCCUCCGCAGGAUCCUUCGGUUCCUGCCUCGGCAUCGGAGGCGGAUGUGAGCAGAAACGGGUGUAAGGUGGCGCCAGAGCCCAACGACGGGGAAGAGACGGCGCCGCUGCCGGGAUCCCCCAGCUUCCGGAUCUACUGCCAGAAGGCGGCCCAAGUCGACGCUCUGGUGGCCGAGGCCGACGAUGAAAACGCGGACGGCGACCACGGCGACGAAUUCGCCAGUGCUACUACGGACACGAUCAUGAAGAACGAUCCUCCACAAUGCUCCGGCGAGUUGCCCAAAUGUAAGGAGGGGUGGCUGAAGGUCAGAGGCCAGACGGCCGUCGGCGCGCUGUACAGCUUUAUCGCCUGUCACAGCAAGAGAAAUUCAGCUCCUCCUCCUCAUCCUCCUGCUGCAAAAACUCCCCGCCGUCCCGGUGCCGCUCCACCAGCUGCUGUUGCUGCAGAGCCCUAUCUCUGACCAGACAAUGCUUGCGUUCUUCACAGUUUAUGUGUCAGCAUGUAAAAUGUGGAUGAUUCAGUCACCUCCGAUGACGCUUUGCGGCGUUAAUUUUCUGUACUUAAUCUUGGUUGUUGUUUGUGAGCUAACCCUGCAUAUGAGCAACUGGUCUCGCGGAGCGCCAGUAUGCGAGUGCUCCUUUUGUUCAUUAGAGAAGGAUUACUGGUUAGUGUUGCAGAAAAAUGGAUAAGCAUACUGGUUUGGAAACUGUU